AUGGCAACCCCCUUAGACCCAGAACACCCCAGUAUAACCCGACCGGGUCCGCCAAAACGCCUUAUUUUGUGCUGCGAUGGGACAUGGAUGGACUCCUUGGGCUCAAAAGGCGAACCACCGUCCAAUGUCACCCGUAUCUCGCGUGUUUUUCGUCGGACCUGUAGCGAUGGCACACACCAAGUCAUCAACUACUUCCCCGGUGUCGGCACCGCCAACCCCAUCGACCGUUUCAUGGGCGGUGCGUUCGGCAUGGGCUUGGAUCAGGAUAUCCGUGAGGUGUAUAAUUUUAUCUGUGCCAACUACGUCGACGGUGAUGCCAUUGUAUUGAUAGGGUUUUCCCGAGGCGCCUUCACAGCCCGCUCUGUCGCGGAUCUCAUCGCCUCCAUCGGCCUGCUUACCCCUCAGGGCCAUGACCACUUUUAUGCUAUCUUUGACGACUACGAGAACAUGGGCAACCCGGGCCGCCAUACCGACUAUUACGUUGUUCCCGGUCUGCCUAAGUAUGACGGCUCGCAUGGCCAAGCCAAGAUCGAGUGGGAGAAUGCCCGUAUGCGCAAGUACAAGCAGGGCUUAAGAGAGAAAAACACUAACAUAUCCUGCACAUGGACCUUCACCAACACCCAAAUCUCCAACAAGGUAGAGAACGCAUUCCAGGCGCUCGCCCUCGACGAGCCGCGGUACGCGUUUCGCCCGUCGUUGUGGGAGUGCCUCCCCGGAAGUCCCACGAAUCUAAAGCAGGUCUGGUUCCCGGGGAAUCACGGCAACGUCGGUGGUGGUUGGCACGAUCAACAAAUAUCCGACAUCACCCUGGCUUGGAUGUGCGACCAGCUCUCAACCCUCGGUCUCGAGUUCAACUUCCCCCGCCUAACCACCUUCUUCCACGAUACCCUCCGCUUCUCCGCCGCGCACCCCUUUCCCUACGCCCCAGGCGGCAGCGGCAACGGCAGGCCCUUCUUACCCCCCAUCCCCAAAAUCCCAGUCGACUCCCUCAAACGCUCCCUCAGCAAGCUCCUCCGCGGGAACAAACGCGCCUCUACCGCCUCCCCCAAACCCAAACCCACCACCACCCGGAUGAACCUUAUCACAACCGAUGGCAUGUCACAACGGCUACAGAACUGA